ACCGCUGACGCUCAGGAUGCUCAUAGAUCUGCAGCGUAUAGAUCUUCUAGAUAGUGUUUUGGGGAAUGUCCACCGUCAGUCUGAGGACAUGCAGGCAGAGCAGGUCAGUGUAGUCUGAGGGAUGUUGUCAUUAUCGUGGAGACUCAGCACAGACGGCAGAUGUUAACAGCUCUGUUGAGCUUCUGUUGAGGUUACGGGUGAGUGUGCAGGUGAAGCAACAAGACAACUGUCACAUGGCAACCGCACCACCUUUCACCUCCUUUUGGACAAUUUGACGACGGAACGUCCGGCGUAGAGACAUGUCCAGAGACAGCAUGACCGCCGUACGAGGAGCCCACCCGCAAGCUGCGAGCACCACGGCGCCCAAAGAGAAUGGCCACGCCGCACCGAGUCCCGCUCAGGCCGGCGCUCGUUCUCCUCGCCCCUCUGCGGGGAACACGCCCGAUGACACCCCGGUGUCGGCCACCAGCGAGCUAACGCAGACGUGGGUCCACUUCGCCAAGACCUUUGUGCUCAUCUUCCCUGUUUAUGCUCUGGGCUACUUUGACUUCAGCUUCAGUUGGAUGUUGAUUGGACUUGUGAUUUAUUUCUGGUGGCGGACAAACGCAGCAGGAAAGAGAAGCCGUCUGAGCCGAGCUUUGGCGUUCUUGGAGCAGGAGGACAGCAGCCUCGCGCCGGGUCUGACUACCUCGGACUUACCGCCAUGGGUCCACUUCCCAGACGUGGAGCGAGUGGAGUGGCUAAACAAGACGCUGAAGCAGAUGUGGCCGUACAUCAGCAAGUAUCUGGAGAAGCUGUUUCGAGAGACGGUGGAGCCGGCGGUGAAGGAGUCCAACGUCCAUCUCAGCACCUUCUGCUUCAGCAAGAUGGACUUUGGAGACAAACCUCUGAGGGUCAACGGGGUCAAGGUUUACACUGAGAACGUGGACAGAAGACAGAUUGUCAUGGACCUGCAGAUAAGCUUUGUAGGGAACACAGAGGUGGAGGUGGACAUCAAGCGCUACUACUGCAAAGCAGGCAUCAGGAGCAUUCAGAUUCACGGCGUGCUGCGAGUGGUGAUGGAGCCGUUGCUUGGCGACGCUCCCCUGGUCGGAGCGCUGUCUCUCUUCUUCCUCAAGAAGCCGCUUGUGGACAUCAACUGGACAGGCCUGACUAAUUUACUGGACAUUCCUGGGCUCACUGGCCUCUCUGACAGUCUGAUCGAAGACAUCAUCUCCUCUUAUCUGGUCUUGCCCAACCGCAUCACCGUCCCCCUGCUUGGAGACGUGGAACUGGCCCAGCUGCGCUUCCCCAUGCCAAAGGGUGUCCUUAGGAUUCACUUCUUGGAGGCUCAGGAUCUUGAAGGCAAGGAUAAAUUCCUGGGCGGGCUCAUCAAGGGCAAGUCGGACCCUUACGGCAUCCUGCAGAUCGGCAAUCAACUCUUCCAGAGCAAGACCAUCAAGGAGAGCCUUCAUCCCAAAUGGAAUGAAGUCUACGAGGCCUUGGUGUACGAGCACUCAGGGCAGCACCUGGAGAUCGAGUUGUUCGAUGAAGAUCCAGACAAAGACGAUUUCCUGGGAAGCCUGAUGAUCGACAUGAGCGAGCUGUACAAAGAGCAGAAGGUGGACGAGUGGUUCGACCUGGAGGAAGCUCCCACUGGGAAGCUCCACCUAAAACUAGAGUGGCUCUCUCUGCUAUCCACAUGCGAGAAGCUGGAGCAGGUGCUGCGAAGUGUGCGGGCUGACAGAAGCCUGACCAAUGAGGGCCUGUCGUCAGCACUGCUGGUGGUCUACCUGGACUCUGCUAAGAACCUUCCGAGCAUCUUCAGCGGCAGUUUAGGAUGUGGAAAUUUAAGCGAGAGACGAGCGUCGGGUCUGGUGUUUUGCGAGAGCGGCGACUCAGAGUGCCGCAGCAUCGGCAACAACCUGUCAGAUUUCAGCUGUGACGGGUUGAAGCAGGUCUUUAAGGCCCUGAAGUCUGCAAAGAAGAGCAGCAGUGAGCCGAGUCCUUACGUCCAGUUGACUGUUGGACACAAGACACAGGAGAGCAAGAUCCGCUACAAAACCAAAGAGCCCUUGUGGGAGGAUUGUUUCUCAUUCCUCGUUCACAAUCCCAGGAGGCAGGAGCUGGAGGUGGAGGUGAAAGACGACAAGGCCAAAUGCACCUUGGGUACCCUCAGUGUGCCUUUGAGCACUCUCCUGGCGGAAGACGACAUGACGCUGACGCAGUGCUUCCCUCUCAGGAACUCUGGUCCCAGCUCAAGCAUCAAACUGAAAAUGGCCCUUAGGAUCCUGUCAUUAGAGAAGCAGGUCUCCUCUGACCAGCCCUCCUCAGUCCAGGUCCGUAAGUCCAGUCUCCCCCAAGCGUCCGCCGCGGCCUCCCUGAGAGCAUCCACAUCCGACUCGCCGCCGCCGCCCGCACACGCCUCCUCCCUGACACUGCAUCACAGGGAUGGCGAGCCGUACGCAGCCAGCCCCCUGCGCUCGGCCUCCAGCCUUUGCGUGGGCAUGUCUGCGUCCCAGAAGCACCUGGCCCACAAGGAGUCCACGCCCAGCUUGGCCUCGGACAUCUCGCUGCCCUUCGCCACCUUGGAGCUCCAGCAGAGACUACAGCAGCUGCACAAUGGCUCAACCCCCAGCCAGUUCCCCCUGGGGGAGGUCCAGCUGACGGUUCGACACAGCGCCCAGAGGAACAAACUCAUCGUGGUGGUCCACGCCUGCCGUAACUUGAUCGCCUUCAGCAAAGACGCAUCUGAUCCCUUCAUCCGCCUCUAUCUGCUGCCUGACAAGAGCCGCGCGGGCAGGAGGAAGACCAGCACCAUGAAGAGGACCCUCAACCCUGUUUAUGAUCACACGUUUGAGUUCAGCGUCUCUAUUGUGGAGCUCCACCGGAGAACUUUGGAUGUAGCAGUGAAGAACGCAGGGAACAUCUUGUCCAAACACAAAGGCCUCCUGGGGAAAGUGUUGGUGGAUUUAAGUGGGGAUGAAAUAUCAAAAGGAUGGACACAAUGGUACGAGCUGAGUGAAGAUGGUUUGUCGUGUAAAGAAAGUGUCCAGGACACAGUUACAUAGUGUGCUUUUAAUUCUUGAUUUCUUUUAUUCUUGUACAUUUGUCAUAUAGUUUACAGGAAUCCUUUCAGCAUGUGUUCCUGUUAUUAUUAUUCUGGCUGUAAGAUGAUUGUAAAGAAAGAAAACACUUGUUUGUGUUUCUCGUGUUACGUGUUAUGUUUGUGUUGCAACUUGCACCGCAUUGAAAUGAGUCAAAAGUUGUUCUUGCUGUCUGUCCAACAUUUCAAACUCUUACCAAAGGAACACAAUCCAUCCCAAACGUUGGCCACGUAGCAGCUGCUGUUUUUUUACCUUUAUUUAUUUUUGCUUGAUUUCAAAAGCGGAAUGCACGUACAUGCAAAGACAAAAACACAAACGCUCUGUGAGCUUUUUGGUGCAAUAUUUGUUGUUUUGGACGUGCAUGGUCUCACGUAUGGGAAGACCUGUUGGCCCUUUUGUAGGGCUGCAAAUGAGUGCGGUAUAAAGCGAACAAUUUCAAAAGAUACUUGAAUUUGGUUUCGAUGCAAACCAGAUGUGAGCCAAGAACAAUGAAGAGAGACAACUGUUCAUGUAUUUUAAUAUGCAGGGCUGCCAGCAGUUAUGAUUUUGUGUUUAUUGAAGCGUUUAAAUUCCUGUUAUCUAUCCUGUGCCUUAAAAAAACAACUCACCGUGUCAUUUUGCCUUCUUAAACUUGUUGAUUUUGAAUGAUACGUGGCUUUUGAUGAAUAA